GGCGGGCGCUGCCGGCCGGGACUCGGGCAGCGCCCACCAACCGCUCCGCCCCGGGACAGCCAGCAUGAGCAAGCCGGCCGGAUCAACAAGCCGCAUUUUAGAUAUCCCCUGCAAAGUGUGUGGCGACCGCAGCUCGGGGAAACACUACGGGGUCUACGCCUGCGACGGCUGCUCGGGUUUUUUCAAACGGAGCAUCCGAAGGAAUAGGACGUAUGUCUGCAAAUCUGGAAACCAGGGAGGCUGCCCGGUGGACAAGACGCACAGAAACCAGUGCAGGGCGUGUCGGCUGAAGAAGUGUUUGGAAGUCAACAUGAACAAAGACGCCGUGCAGCACGAGCGGGGGCCUCGGACGUCCACCAUCCGCAAGCAAGUGGCCCUCUACUUCCGUGGACACAAGGAGGAGAACGGGGCGGCCGCGCACUUUCCCUCCGCGGCGCUCCCUGCGCCGGCCUUCUUCACUGCGGUCACGCAGCUGGAGCCGCACGGCCUGGAGCUGGCCGCGGUGUCCACCACCCCUGAGCGGCAGACCCUCGUGAGCCUGGCUCAGCCCACGCCCAAGUACCCCCAUGAAGUGAAUGGGACCCCAAUGUAUCUCUAUGAAGUGGCCACAGAGUCAGUGUGUGAAUCAGCUGCCAGACUUCUCUUCAUGAGCAUCAAGUGGGCUAAGAGUGUGCCAGCCUUCUCCACGCUGUCUUUGCAGGACCAGCUGAUGCUUUUGGAAGAUGCUUGGAGAGAACUGUUUGUUCUAGGAAUAGCACAAUGGGCCAUUCCGGUUGAUGCUAACACUCUACUGGCUGUAUCUGGCAUGAACGGUGACAACACAGAUUCCCAGAAGCUGAACAAGAUCAUAUCUGAAAUACAGGCUUUACAAGAGGUGGUGGCUCGAUUUAGACAACUCCGGUUAGAUGCUACUGAAUUUGCCUGUCUAAAAUGCAUCGUCACUUUCAAAGCCGUUCCUACACAUAGUGGUUCUGAACUGAGAAGCUUCCGGAAUGCUGCUGCCAUUGCGGCCCUUCAAGAUGAGGCUCAGCUAACGCUCAACAGCUACAUCCAUACCAGAUAUCCCACUCAACCCUGUCGCUUUGGAAAACUCCUGUUGCUUUUGCCAGCUUUACGUUCUAUUAGCCCAUCAACUAUAGAAGAAGUGUUUUUCAAAAAAACCAUUGGCAAUGUGCCAAUUACAAGACUGCUUUCAGAUAUGUACAAAUCCAGUGAUAUCUAAGCUCACAAGGUACCCACUUUUCAGGAUGGGACAGUAUCAGAUGAACUUCGACCCGUGGAGAACAAGCCUCAACUAACAAACCCUUCAGGAAGCAUACACCGGGGAAUGUGUAGCCUUCAGGAAAAAAUGCCAAUUGCCACGAAACAUUCCAGUAGCUAUGACCUGCCGCCCUGACCAGGGUGGGGAGGCUGGGAAGGAGAGGGGUACAACAGGACCGCCUGCGCUGAAAACUCACUGCUGCCAUGUCCUGGGAGGGGGCAAACUGGGGGUUGCCACAGGCCAUGCCAUUCUGCCUCUUACCUGGAAGAUCAGGCUGAACGAUCAAAAGCUGAAACAUAAGUAGUGCUUUCUUUUCCUUUUUAGCAUAUAAAGUUUGGUAACCAAAUAUAGCUCUGUGUAUAACAUCGUACUGCGGCCUUCAGAACUACGUUAUGUUGGAGCAUUUAUUUUAAAAAUAAUGGUAGGUUUUAAAUUAAAAGUGUUAUCAAAAGUUUCCCCUCUAUUGUAAUACAUUAUUAAAUGGCCUUCAGAACUGAGUUAAUAAGUGAAAAGUAGCUUAUGCUAUGUGAUUUGCUUUUUCGCUAUCUUCUUUUUUCUUUUCUUUCUCUUUCUUUUGUUCUUUCUUCUUCUUCUUUUUUAAUACCAUAGGCCAGGCAACCUUGUCAAAGGAAUUGGUGAACAAAACGAGAUUCUCACCAGGACUUCAGGUUGGAUAACAUCUCAAAAAGAGAAGAGCUUUACUAAAAGAACAUAAGUCAAGGGAGGAUGAAUCAAAACAGCAAAACCAAAUAAAGUGGAGAUGAGUGAUUGAGUGAGGUAGAUUGCUGUCCCGUUAACAUAGUGCUGAAACCAAAGGCAGUGGGGGUCCAAACUCGUGGUGCAGCAAGUCACACCAGACAGGAAACGAGUAUGGACGUAAUUGCAGAAGGAACUUCAAGGAGAUGAAUGCUAAGAGGGUUCUUGAUUGAUCCAUUGCUAACAGCCUGAGACUCUUCAAUGCCUUUCCGAAAACUGGUUUCUAGUAAAGCCUUGAAUGAACACACACACACACACACACACACAC